UAUUUAAUUGAUCAGCAUUCAACUCUUGAAUGCACAGGUGAUAAGAUGAUAGCGAAUGUAAAAAAGGAUGCCUUCGCUCUUGCUAGCAUCUUAUUCAUGUUUUCAAUUUUAUGUUUUGAAUAAUCUACUUAACAGUGAAUUUAUGCCUUGUGAAGUUAGUAGUUUGAUUCUUUUCUGUUUUUGUUUUUCUUUAUAAGUCUUAUGGACGGGAAAAUGAAAUAGAGAAAGACAAUGGGGUAGGAUGCUAAUAAAGGGAAAAAAGGAAAAUCCCAUGGCAUAAGGCUCCCCGGCUUUGCAAGGGUAGAGGGAGAGAGCUGUGUUCACUAGUGAAUGGGUGGGGUGCUACUGGCGGUUGUGUUAAUAUAAGAAGCUAAAUAUUGUUGUCUGAUUCAGAAUGGGUGCUGCUUGUUGUGUUGCAACCAGAGAUAAAACUAUACAAGGUGGAUCAACCGGUGAAAUCUUGCAUCGGAACAUUCGGUGUUCUCCGACAUGGAGCUUCCGGUGGGAUCAUCGAGGGCGUGUAGCUGGUGAAGAUACUUCUAUAAAUUGGUUUUCUGAUAGUAUUAGCAGGAACCAUGAACUGGAGAAUAAAAAUGAAUCAUCAUAUGUAUCGGAGGAUGGAAGCCCCUUGCAGAAUUAUCAAAGGAAUACAUGGCAAAAUUACCCAAUCUCUGAACAGACUGCUCAACAUGAGAUAACUUCGUCUUCUGAUCAAUCUAUUUCUCAGAAUGUCUCCAUGGAUGUGAGCAUGGAACAGGUGAAGGAGUUGGCAGAAUCAUCAACAGUAUCAUGUCCAUCACCCACAAAACCUUUGUGCUUAUUGCCCUCUGCUUCAUUGUCAGCAUCUCCUCUGCCAUCCCAGAGUCACCUAUCUCCAUCCAGCUCAACACCACUAAGAUGGCCCUGCCAUUCCCCAGGUCACCAACUAUUACAGCAAGUUUCUGAUAGCCGAAUCCCAGGAUUUAAGACACCUAGCAACUUUUAUCUCUCUGAAGAAAAGCCAGUGUUUCAUUCAGGGAGCAAGGAGUUUGAUAUGCACUCUCUUGGUGGAUCUUCAGAUGGCUGGUCUAGGCCUGGCUUUUCUGAGCUGAUGGGCACUUCCCACAAAGAAAGAUGGUCGUUUGAUAGUGAGUCAUUUGGUUUUAAUUGUGACAGGUUGGUUAGAUCUGGUGGUCGGUUUUCAACUUCUCCAGUUGAUUGGCAAACAUGUGGUAUUUGCUCAAAACUUUUAACUGAGAAGUCUUGUUGGAGCACCCAAAAGAUAAUUGCAAGUAAUGACCUUGCUGUAGUUUCUGUUCUUAUUUGUGGACAUGUCUAUCAUGCUGAAUGUUUGGAGUUUAUGACACCUGAAAUCGACAAGUAUGAUCCAGCUUGCCCAGUUUGCACUUUUGGGGAGAAACAAACUCUUAAGUUGUCUGAAAAAGCUCUGAAAGCUGGAAUGGAUAUGAAGGCUAGAAAUAAGAAAUCAAGGAACCAAAUUGUGGACAGUGAUGUUGAUGAUGAUUUUAUUGUGUUUGAUCACUUUGAAGAUACUGAGCGUCAAGGUAAAGGUCCUAGAAUGGGCUCUAGUUCUAGUGGGAGAAGCUUUACUGGGAAACCUUUUCUCAGGAGACACUUCUCAUUUGGGUCAAAGGGUUCCAAAUGCAUGUUAGAUAAUCAACCAACACUAAAGAAAGGCUUCUUUUGGGCAAAAUCUAGCAAGGAAUAAGCUGUUUCUUGGUUGUUGAGAGGUUUUAUUGUUGAUCUUCUCUACAAGAUAAGAAGACUGAGGAAAUGGCAUGAUGUCAUUCAGCAAGAUUUGAUUUUUGAGCAUCUGCAUAUACUAAUCCGUGAUUUCGAAAGAAUUAGAAGCUGGGAUUACUCUGUAAAGAAGAGAAGUGGAAAACAUACAGAAGGAUAAGAUAAACAUAGGAAGACAAAGAUAGUGUUUAAAGACCAACGGUCUUGUUGCUUUGUACAGAUCGAUCUGUUUAUUUCAUGGAUAUAAUUCGUAUAUCCAAAUGAUGUUCUGUUGUCCAUUGUUCUUCUGAUAUGUAAUACAGCAUACAUUCCAUUAGCCCUUGGUUAAGUUAGUUGCUUUUAAUUAAAGAACAGUUUCAGAAGAACCUUGUAUUAGAUCAAUGCUUUUUGUUGGUAGAAUGAUUUAUGUUUUCGGUGAUGCUGGUAGCAGAUUGAAUUAUAUGCUUUUUCAUGCAGUGGUUGUACGCUACCAGAUUAUGUUGCUUGCUGACUUUAUGUUGAAUCGCCAAG